GGAAAGGUGGCGAGACUGCAGCUCUUCGGCGAGUGCGCGAUUACAUUUGGGACACGCACUCCCUCUCCAUCGAUUACGUUGGCGCCACUAUGACAAUGGAUGCGUCUAAAUCAGUAACGCAUCCUCGAGCGAUGUUCAAAAUUUCUCCCUAUCUCGCUCAUGGGUGCGUUUCUCCUCGGUACCUCUACUGGGAAGUGAAGCGGUACGAGAAAGCGUAUCCCAGCAGAAAGAACAAAUCUACAGGUUGGAUCAUCCACGAGCUCAUCUGGCGAGACUUCGUUCGUUUUGGCAGCAUGUACUUCGGCGAUAGCAUCUUCAAGAUCGGUGGUCCACAGAACAUCAUCGUUUCGCAGGGAACCAACGGAUGGGAUUGGCGGACUCCGUAUGAGAUACGAGAGAAGAAAUCGCAGACCAAUUCGACGUCGUCAUUCUCCGGCAAGAACACCAACGAGAAAAACUCCGAUGCUCAUCAGCCCAGUGGAAAGGAGAUAGUUGCCGCGAAGACUGACUUUCAUCGUUGGGUUGCUGGUACUACGGGAUUGCCCUUCGUCGAUAGCUUCAUGCGCGAACUGCUCCAUUCGGGCUACUGCAAUCACAUGGGUCGCGAGACCGCCGGCUGGUUUCUUGCAGGCGACCUAGGGAUCGACUGGAGAUGUGGAGCCGAAUGGUUCGAGUCAAAACUCCUCGAUUACGAACCGACCGCCAAUUGGUUUAAUUGGACGUAUCGAUGUCUCACCGUCGCAGGCCGCGGUCACUCCGAAGAUUAUGCGGACAUCAAGAGGAACAUUCCUGCGGCGCUCCGUGUAGACGGUACUUUGCAGACCAUGGAGCUGUUGAUCUGGUAUGUAACGUCACUUGUUCUUGUCUUCUGCAUUAAAAAUCAAAUCUAAUAAUAUUCGAAAAAUACUUAACUAACGAAGUUGCUUCGUACUGGAUUUGGUUAAAAAGCAGUAGAGUGAGGGAGGUCGUUCAUAUCUUGGGCACGCAGCACGAUCCUGAGUCUGUUUUUAUGCAACGCUGGAUACCUGAGCUAAGCGCCCUCGAAGGUCAUCCAGAAGGACCGAUUGUCAUUCGGGAGCCGUGGCGGCUGGGGCUCCCAGAGGCUGGCAUGUGGGGCGGUCGACGUGCUCGACAUGCAAAUCAAGUUCAAAGCUCGUCGACGUUAACGCAGGAGCUGCAAACAGUUCAUCGUGCCGGUAGGCCGGGUCCGUUUCUGAAGGACAAGGAGCUUCUUCGAGGAGAAAGUCGAAACCCAAAUAAAACGGGUGAGCAAGCCUCGACAUCUUCUAAAAAGACCGCCGCUGCAUCUUCGACAAAAAACGCAGCUAAUGUUAAAGGAAGAGAUGCUCCAAGGAAGAAACCAGUCAAAGAGCGCAUAAAGCGAGGCCUGCGACCGGUAGGCGUCGGAAAAGACAAAAUUGAAGUUAAGCGCAGCAACCUUGAGAAACUCCAAAAGAAAACCGACUGGCUUUAUUCAGAAGGCGAUUGCGCUAUCGCGUUGUGGCGCGUGUGGGAGGACGUCGAUCUCGCUGCAGAUCUCCUCCUCGAGGAGUGGGAACAGUCUGAAGAGGGUCAAGCGUGGGCGCAAUGGCAAGCGCCCGGCCUCAACGACGAUAGAAAUAGUGCAGACGAAGAUCUUGCCAAGGCAAUCGCGUUGUCCUUCGAAACUGCUUCUUCCGGAGGUGUUGUAGAAAAUACAACUGCGUCUAGCACCCUUCCUGCUACUGCUUCAGCAAGCAGCACGGCGCAUCAUCAAAACGACGAUGAGGACGCUGAUUUGGCGCGAGCAUUGGCACUGUCCAUUGAAACAAAUGAAAAUGUCACGACCGUCGAGACGACCGAUCAGGCACUACGCGGCUCCGCUUCAAAAGAAGAUGAUAAUCCGAGGUUCGGUUCUUUUACGUAUGGAGUCUCUUAUCCAUUUCCGAUCAUACAGCCUGUUUCGCGAAGUGACGCACUGGACUGCGAGUGGUACGCCCGUGAGGCGCAGCAAAAGAGAAUCCAGCAGAACGAGAAAAUGAGAGUAACUCUGUUAGCCAACAAGGGGUCACGAGAUCGAGAAGCGGCCGUUCGCAGCAAGAAGUGGUCCGAUGCUCCUGCUGCAUCAUCGGGGUCCAAUGUUGGCAGUACUAGCAAUGAAGGAGAGACGCAUCGUAGAAGCCACUUCGGCGAGAAAGGUGGAGCAAAAACUCGAGAAGCAGGUACGUCUCUUUCCGGGAUGAAGGAGCAUUCAACGCCUGGUGGAGGAAAUAGUGCAAUGAAUGGUUCCGCGGAGAAGCAAAACAAGAAGCGGGGGCGUUGGAACAAAAAGACAAACGAAGAAUGAAAUGCCAUUCUUCAUAAAUCCCCAAAUACCAUCGUCCUACUCAUCCAGGACGCAGGCAUAGCCUCUACCUGCGAUCCAGGAUUGGAUAUGGAUCGUAUGAACAGACCACUCGUCUGGCUUUGACCUGCGUAGGCGCUACAGCAUUACCGCGAGUAAGGGAUGCUGAUUACGAUAAUGUGGAUCUUCCGCCCGUGUUCGUGCUGGUCCUGGGAGAAGCUACUGAAAAUGCUGGGCAGGUCCCUCAUCUAGGCUUUUCGUUGGCAGCUCUGUGAUUGUGAAUUAUUCUAGACGCAUGUUUCAGCAAAAAAAUGCGGACCUGCCGAGAGACUGACGAUCCCUCUCAAGGAGAUAACCACUCAAGUUAAAUAGUCGCAGACUGACAUACGCAUAACUCACAUUUUAUUCUGUUUCUGUGUCUCCUACCUCCUAGUAAUGGAAAUGUACUACCUAGUAGAUGUUUCAACAUCUACAUCAGAUGCAAAUGCAAAUGUUGGAUGGAAUCAAAAAGAACAAUUAUAGUAGCGAGCGCAGCCGCCACGUCUGACGCCUCCAGUAACGAAACAGAGGGAGAGGAGUAGCGACCGCUGUGGUAAAGCCAUCGCUGCCUGCUACGAUAGGAUAGGGCGGGGCCGAGCUAGGUGGAGGCGAAGACAGAACAAGGGGGAGGCAAGUAAACGCGUGGCGACAAAGAGAACGAAGACAGGACGAAAGCACAAAGCAAGAAGAAAGUCGAACGAAGCACGCAAGUACGAACGUCAAGCAGACCCACCCCGAAAGCCUCGCGCCGACAGAAAGCGACCGAGAAAGCAAGAACGGCCACCAGGCAGCUCGACCACGCGACACCGCUACCCACGUCAGCCGCUACCCACGUGCGCCGCCUGCUGCAUAGCCCGGCGCGCCCUAGCUGGCGGCGACGAGAAAGCAACGCGCGACCAACAAGGCUAGACGCAACAUAGUCGCAGCGGCGACCAUAGCACAAAACACACGAAGCCCCAAGAAAUCCGGCGGGGUCGUAAGCGUUUCCCGGAGCGCAUCAAUACAAACAAACAAAUAAGCGAACCAUUAUAUUAAUAAUAUAGUGCAAUCAUGUCAACACACAUGUUGAAAGCAAUAAACUCAAAUGGAGACAAAAGGAAAAGGAGAAGAGCAAUGUUCUGCAAGAC